AUGUCCGAUGAUCAAGAUCAACGUGAAUCACCGCCAGAUUUUGGAGGAGAUGAUAGUUCUAAAGCAGACGAUACUCUCUUCGUAUCAGCUAUAUCACCAACAACUGUUGAUAUACCAUUAAGCGGUGGAGAAGAUGAUGAUGAAGAUGAAAAUCCAUUUGGAGCACCACCACCAACACGAGAAAAAACAGCUACAAACACGACCAACAGCGUCGAAGUACCUGUUGAGAACGAGCGAAAUUUGCCUGAACCCGAAAAAUCAAUUGUUGACAUUGAUGAAGAUGAAGAUAUCUUUGGAGCGAACACACCAGUAGCAGCUGCUACAACUUCAUCAUCAACACCCGUUCCAAAAUCGAAACCAGCUACAGAAUCAGCGCCGUCAACGCCCAUCAAACAAGAGAGUUCGUUGUUUUCGGUUGAUACAAGCAGUUCUUCACCUAAAACACCAGUAGUAAAAUCAACACCUUCGUUUGAUAGUCAGAUUUCAUCAUCGACGUCAACAACGAAGAAUGUACUCAGUGGAACUGUUACAGCAAGUCACACAGUGGAAAAACGCGGCAAAGAUAACGACAUUGAAAUUACUGUUAGUGAUCCAACUAAAGUUGGGGAUGGUAUGUCAUCGUAUAUGACUUAUCGUAUAACAACAAAAACUACACUGCCAAUAUUUAAGAAAUCGGAGUUUUCAGUCAACCGCCGUUUUAGCGAUUUUCUCGGUUUACAUGCAAAAGUCGUGAAUAAACAUCUACAGGCAGGCCUUUUUCUUCCAUCACCACCUGAAAAAGACACUUUAUCAAUGGCUAAAGUGAAAAUCUCUAAUAAAGAAGAAGCUGUUCCAACGGACUUCAUCGAUCGGCGUCGUGCAUUGUUAGAACGUUACUUAAAUCGUUUAGUCCAACAUCCGAAAUUACUUGAAGACACCGACGUGCAAACAUUCCUCGAAUUUUCCAAUGAUUUACCGAAAUCAACCAAUACUCAAGCAUUGAGCGGUGCUGGUGUUCUUCGUGCUUUGAACAACAUCUCGCAUCAAGUUACAAAAUUAACAACAAAAACUAGCGAACAAGAUCAAUGGUUCGAAGAACGACAUGGUUUUGUUCUCGAACUACAUACACAUCUAAAACAUCUAUACAAUCAAUUUAAUAGUCUUUAUUCUCAGCGAAAAGAAGCUGGUCAUGCAUUAAAACAGUUUUCGAUCUCAUUAAAUCAUCUAGCAAACACCGAAGAACACAUGUUGUUAUCAAGCGCUCUGUCUGAGCUAGCUAAUCUCGAGGAAAAACUUGAUCAAAUCAAUAACGAUGAAAUCUUAAAAGAAUAUUCAACAUUAACUGAAUUAAUCAAAGAAUAUGUGUCAUUACUGGACAUGGUACAACUAGCAUUUCACGAACGUAUUAAAUCCCAUCAACAAUGGCUGCAUGCAGAAGAUAUGCUGAAGAAGAAACGUGAUGCGAAAACGAAACUAGAACAAAGUCCCAAAGGUGCUGACAAACUUCCUCAGGCGGAAAUGGAAAUCAACGAAUGGGAAGGUAAAGUUGUUCGUGGUAAAGAAGAUUUUGAACGAAUAUCAUCGACAAUCAAGCAGGAAAUGGAAGCGUUCGAGGAGAUUCGUCUGGAUGAUUUCAAGAAAGCAUUUGAUACAUAUUUACGAAACGUUCUCGAACAACAUGAGAAAAUCUUGCAAAUCUGGGAAGGCUAUCUUCCCGAAGCUAAUAAAAUCAAUAUUUAA